GCACACUGCGCAUGACAGCGUUGAGCCUGCCAAUGGAGCGGCACACGGGGCGAAGCGCAGGCGCCUUCGAAGGGCGAAAGCAUCUUGCUUUGCGGAAGCGCUGCGGCUUUUUUGCGGCGGGCUGGACAGCUGACUCUGCGCCUGGGCCCGGCCUCCGUUGCUCUUCGCGCCUGCUGCUGUCGGCCGUGGCGCUGCGGGCACGUUGGCGGCUCGAGCACCUGGGCCGCGAGGCGUGGGAGAUCGAAGGGUGGCCCUGCAGCCGUGCAACCCGGAAGCGGAGUGGGCAUCCGCGGGUGACCACGGAGAGCCUACGGAAAGUUGUUGUGGGCGCAGGCCUGGGCGACCGAUUUCAGCUGCGCAGUGUGUCCGAAGGCGUGUUUCCGGAACCUGCAAAGCUCAAGGGCCUGAUGAAGGCCGCCUUGGCGCGCUGCAACGAGCUGCUGGCACAGGACGCCCUGCGGAGUUUGAGUCGGCUACUCCGCACGCGGAAGCUCUCCUUGGCGGCCGACGACUUCGAGGAGGUGGCUGGGCGCUUGCUUCAGGCGGCCUUGUUCAUGCAGUGCCCAAACGAGGCGGAGCUUGAGGCAGAACUCGGCAGCCGUUGCAUCACUGCAGACCUUGCCUGGAACGAGCGCCUUAUGUCGCACCUCGUGAAGGAACUGCUGCCGCAGCACCUGGCCAGCAGAGCGGCUUUGGAGGCCCAGCGCUUCCGCUGGCGCUUGGCCCUGGACUGCUGGGAUCGCUGUUCGACGGAGGGGUCGGUGGACGUGGAAGGCGCCGGGCUCUACGGGGCCAUUUGCCUGGAGCUGGGGGAGCCCAGCCGCUUGCGGGGCUUGGAGCGCCUGGACAUCGAUCCGCGCCUGGCGUUCCAGCCGGCCUUUUUGGAGGACCUCCGCGACUGCGGCGUGUGCCCCGCGCCAGGCAGUGACCAUCCCCUGCCUGAGCUGGUGCAGAGGGCGGCCUUGGCCGCUGGCGGGAUGGGCGCUGUGGCCCGCCGGAGACACGGUGCCAUCCUGGUGGAUGCCAAUCUGAACAUCUUGGCUGAAGGCUUCAACCACAUGGCCGCGCCUUUGGGCCCAAGGAGGCGGGCGCCGCUGAAGACCAAGCUGCGGGAGACACAGCGCCACGCAGAGGUGCACUGCUUGCUGCAGCUGCCCCGUCUGAAGGAUGCAAUGGGCGGGCAGAUGGUGGUGGUGGAGCUCGCAGAUGUCGGACCCGGGCUUGGGUGGGCGGAGCCGUGCUCCCGCGGGUGCAUCCACCUCUUGAAGAAGUACGGUGUGGCAAAGGUGCACUUCACAGACGGCCACGGAGGCCUGGUUUCCCGAGAUCUGCCGCAUUGCCCACAUCUGGACGUGCCGUACAAGACCUUCGCCCGAAGAGUCGGCGAUGACCGUAUCUCUGAAAGAGCUUGGCUGGAUGUGGCCAGCAAGAUGCAAGAAGAAAGCGAAAAGUGGCGCUAUUCCAAGAUGAAGAAAGUGAAGCUGGAGAUCCUCCAAGCAGCCCUCGACCAGGCUUAA